GAGAAUUACAGCAUUGCUAAUUCAAAGAUACAGUGAGCUAGCUAGACAGGGUACCCUUAAGUGUCCUACUUAUUUCUCUCAAUCUUCGACCCUUUGAGUGCGAAAGAGGUCUAGAGAUGGCCAUUUUAUCGAUGGAUGACCCAUGGGUUUUUAUCAGUGGUAUUUUAGGUAACAUUAUCGCCUUCAUGGUAUUCCUUGCCCCGGUGCCGACAUUUUAUACGAUUGUGAAGAAAAAAUCUUCCCAAGGAUAUGAAUCAAUCCCAUAUUUGGUUGCACUCUUCAGUUGCAUGCUUUGGAUAUACUACGCGUUUGUCAAGACAAAUUCUAUGCCUAUUAUCACAAUCAACUCGGUCGGUUGUGUUCUGGAGAUAACAUACAUCGCGAUCUACAUUGCAUAUGCACCAGCGAGUGUCAGGAUGACGACUUUGAAGAUACUUGGUUUCUUCAACCUUGGGGGAUUUUCUUUAAUUGCCGGUUUCUCCUAUUUCUUCACCAAAGGACCCAACCGAGUCCAACUACUUGGAUGGAUAGGUCUUUGUUUUGGUGUGGGUGUGUUUGUGGCACCUUUGAGCGUUAUGAGAACGGUCAUACGUACCAAAAGCGUGGAGUUCAUGCCAUUCUCUCUAUCUUUUUUCCUCACGCUGAAUGCUGUGGCGUGGUUCUUUUACGGGUUUCUGAAAAAUGACUUCUACAUCUAUCUUCCAAACAUUCUUGGAUUUGCUUUUGGGAUAGUGCAAAUGAUUCUUUAUGCAUUCUACAAGUACUGCAUCAAAGUCCCAGAAGAGGAAAAACAACAAAACGCUGGCCCCAACAUAGUUCUUGAGAUGCCUUCGGCCGAUUCGUCUGAAAUUAAAGAGACAAACGAGAAAUUUGUCAUUCACCAGAUGAACCAGAGUACGCACAGAGAGUUGCCUCUUUCGAGUUUGGUUAAAAAAAUCAAGAAUUGCGCAAUACUGAAGCCCGUAAGUUAGUUCGUGAUCGAAGAUUCGCGCUUGAGAGGGGCAGAUGGGAGUGUUAAAUUGUGUUUAUCUUUCUUACGUACUUGUAACCGGUGGAAUAAGUACUCGAUAUGUACUUCACUAGCUACAUCUAGCUUGUUAUAUAUGCUUAUAUGUGGCUUUAUAAGCGUUUCCUCUUGUACGGGUAUAUCAAUAACCAAUAAAAGCUCCUACUCUUUAGUCUUUUCUAGUU